AUGGCUGGUUUCCAGAAUUCAAAUAAGCUUUUCACCGAUUCAUCUAACACCAAUCCUGCAUUAACAACUGCCAGCACUCAUUUCUCACCACCACAACACCCAACUACGCCGACUUCUCCGGCUCCUUCGUUCUCUAACACCACGACGUCUCCAAACAACAAGCCAAACUCUCCUCGAAAUAUCAGUAUACCUUCCACCACGUCGACAAACACGCAACCUUCGAAUAAUACCUCCUCCAGCACCCAGAACUCUACUGCUGGUCCACGUUCUUUAACCUCGACCGCUACUCAGACUCCUCCUUCUGCUUCCGGUCCCCAUUCGGCUUUUACUCCUUAUAACCAGGCUCCUCAACACCCUACUCCGGUAACCACCCCUACUACUACUAAAAGCUCUUUACCUCAAGAAGCCUCAGCAAUGAUGACUACUCAUUUAGAAAACAACGGUAGUACUAUGAUUUAUCCUCAACAUCAUUUUGCUAACCCUACCACCCACCCUUUUUGGACUCCUUACUUUGGUGGUGGUAACCCUGCAAAUGGUGCUACUGUUUUAUCCGCUAAUGGUGGUAGUGCUUUCGUUCCUGCUGUUGGUUACGGUAGUGCUGGUUCAGGAAUGGCUCAAGGUCAUACUCCUCGUCCAAAACUUACCACUACUAUAUGGGAAGAUGAAGGAACUCUAUGUUAUCAGGUUGACGCUCGUGAUAACGACAUGAUCAACGGAACGAAAUUAUUAAAUGUUGUUGGAAUGUCACGUGGUAAACGAGAUGGUAUUCUUAAGAAUGAAAAAGGUAAUGGUCCACAAUCUCAAUGGCGACCGACUCAUCCUUAUGCAAAUAAUUUCAACAACACACCAUAUUCUCCUGAUACGUCACGACAAUGGUAUCCAUAUGGAAAUGGUAACGCGAUCAUGGGAAAUCCAAAUGUACCGCAAGGCCAAGAUCAUGGUUCAUCUCCGUAUCCACCAGCCGCUGGAUAUGCUGAACGUCCUCAACAUGUUGCUAAUCCACCUGCUGUACCAAUAUAUCCGACUCAACCACCUAGAAAUCAUAAUCAUCCACAAACUCAUUUAGAAGAUUAUGACACUAGUUAUGGUUUAAUAAAUGGUCAACCUCAAGGACAGCAAGGUGUUGCUGUGGUUCCUGGACCGCCGGUGAGUGGUUGCAAUGCGACGACGGCUAAUUAUUCCAACAAACUACAAACACCUUUUAUUAACGGUUACAUGCGACCUAACAAUCAAGGUCUUUAUAAUAUUGUCUCGGCCACCGAAGUGGCAGGAAGUCCGGCUCAAAGUGCUUCACCGCAACUUAUUGGUCAAAAAAGAGGUUUCGUAGGUGAAGAAGAAAAUGAUGAAUAUAAUAAUGUUAAUAAUUCGAAUCAAUCAAGUCCCCCUCUUGCUAUGCAUCCUCCACCUCCAUUAAGCAGUAUUGCUGUUAGUGCUGCAGUUAAUGCUGCUGCUGGUACUUUUCCAAGUCCAAUGAAUGUAAGCUCAAAUUCUUCUCCUAAUAAUUCUGCCUUUUCCGGUUGGGGUCAUUCCGGUAAACGAGUAAAGUACGAGUUUCCUGAAGCAACGACUCCAUCAUCAUCUCAGUCUUCACCAAGAAGCAGUACCGUCGGUUAUCAAUUACCCGGUCUAGGUGCUGGUACUGCUACUCCAGGUGCUACUCCAUCGACGCCACAAGGUUACCCUAAUAGUAAUCUUCAAAUGGUGACAAAUGCACAACAGAACACCGUAUUACAUACACCGUCCCCGGAUGGUACACCUGUAGAAGAAUCAAACUCAAUCGGUGGUAGACGUUUCGAAUAUCGGCAGCGAGAAGAUCAAUCUUCAACGGAAGAAAUCAGCAAUAGUAAUUGGGAAUAG